GUAUUUCGUGCAAGUGACAAAUACAAUUUGAUUUGAUUUGAAAAGAGUUACCGGGAGGUAGCCGGCUGGUGAUGGCUAUUUAACAGUCUGAUGGCCUUGAGAUAGGAGCUGUUUUUCAGUCUCUCGGACCCAGCUUUGAUGUACCUUUACUGACCGUGCCUUCUGGAUGAUAGCGGGGAGAAUCAUCCGUGGCUCGGUUGUUGAUGUCCUUGAUGAUCUUUUUGGCCUUCCUGUGACAUCGGGUGUUGUAGGUGUCCUGGAGGGCAGGUAGUUUGCCCCCGGUUAUGCAUUGGGAAGACCGCACCACCCUCUGAGAGAGCCCUGCAGUUGUGGGCGGUGCUGUUUCCGAACCAGGUUUGAUACAGCCCGAAAGGAAGUUCUCAAUUGUGCAUCUGUAAAAGUUUGUGAGGGUCUUAGGGGCCAAGCCAACAUGUGUAGAUGUUGAGUUUGAUUCAAAAUUUCACUCAUUAAAAAUCUGCACUAAUCAAUCAACACAUGCUUCUAUUUGUACGUAUCUAUAGAAUUGUAUUUUAUAAUGAAAUAACGUUUCCCUCAACUGCGUUGCCAACUCCAGUCAGCAGAUGGCGAUGAGCGUCUUUCAGGCGACGCUGCCAGUGUGACGUAUAAUCUAGUGGACGGGACGUUCCUUCAACAACAACAGCUGGUCAGACACCUCGGUAGCUUUCUAGACAACAAAGCCGAAACAUUAAAGCUAUUUAGACUGCUCCGGUGUAUUACUAGCUAUGUUUUAAACACACUUCUGUCGUAUCUACUUGUUAUCCCAUUUAAUUUAAUAUUCAUGCCUACGUUGUUAGUUACCGUAGUCAUCUACCCGUCUGGUCAUCUACCCGUUAAGAUAGCAGUAGCUCCAGGCUAGUCGUUAAUGCUAACUAGUUAGCUUGAUAACAUCUCUGACCAUGUGUUCACUGAGCUGCUCUCCUCCUGAUAAAGAAGAGGAGGUCUGCUGGACGGAGAAAGAGGGUCUGUGGCUGAAUGUUGUCGUAAAAGAGGAGAAGGAAGAGGAGGAUGUUACAGUAACAAAAGUAGAAGAGGAGGAUGUUGCAGUGAAAGAAGAGAAAGACGAGUUCAGAGUGAAAGAGGAGGAGGAUGUUACAGUAAAAGAAGAGGAGAAAGAGGGGGAUGUUACUGUGAAAGAAGGGGAAGGGAAAGAGGUGGAUGCAGUUUUUGGAGUGAAAGAGGAGGAGGGUGAGAUUACCGUUACAUUGGGGGAGGAGGAACAAGAAGAGAAGACCGGAGAUCUGAUUAACACCAGAGAGAGACCAGACUCUCACUCUGACAGCGGGAAGAGUCCUUCAGGGGAACCAGACACAGAGGCGCCCAAACCAGCAGGAAAACACCACUGUUCCCUCUGUGGAAAGAGUUUUACUAAGUUAGGCAACCUGAAAGCGCACGAGAUAAUACACACAGGAGAGAAGCCUUACCACUGCUCCCAAUGUGGAAAGCGUUUUACCUGGAUAGGGAACUGGAAAACACACGAGAAAAUACACACAGAAGGGAGGAAGACUUUCCACUGCUCCCAGUGUGGAAAGAGUUUUACCAAGUCAGGGUCCCUGAAAAUGCACGAGAGAAUACACACAGGUGAGAAGCCUUACCACUGUUCCUAUUGUGAAAAGAGUUUUAGGUGGUUGGUGACCAUGAAAACUCACGAGAAUACCCACACAGGAGCAAAGCCAUACCAAUGCUCCCUGUGUGGAAAGAGUUUUACCCAGUUAGGAGGCCUGAAUAGACAUGACAGGACACACACAGGCGGGGAUAAGACCUACCACUGCUCCCAGUGUGGAAAGAGAUUUAACCGGUUAAGGCAUCUGAAUAAGCAUGAAAGAAUACAUACACAGGAGGAGAAGACAUACCACUGCUCUCAGUGUGGAAAGACAUUUUCCCAGUCAGAGGACCUGAAAUCACAUGAGAGAAUAGAGAGGCUGUGUUCUGACUUGUGUUUUUGACCUGAGAAUGUGUUUUUGUUUAUGGGCCAUUUCACUGUAACGGAGUGAUGCUGAGACUCACGUUUCCACUUUAAAAUGUAUGCCAAGAAGAAAACAUUGAUUGCAAAGUUUAACAAACAAUACACCUACAGUACCAGUCAAAAGUUUGGA